CACCCGUCCGGCCGUCCCUCAUAAAAAUGGGACCCAGUAGUGAGUCGCGUGGGAGGUGGCCCAUCUUAGAACAGUGGGUGGAAACUGGAAAGUGGAAACUGAACUCCUCUGAAGUUCACUUCUCAAUUCUCACCAUGUCACUCAUGGCAACAACAACUACAUCAACUGCUGCAACAGCAAACUUCUGGUUCUCUUCACCUAAUCGAAGCCAGAGAAAAACUCUUCCAAUUAAACAAGAUGGUUACUUCCUGUUCAAACCCUUCUCAAAAAUCUAUCUCUUAUCAUCAAAUUAUACUGCUUCAACUUCCCUUAGAGCUUCUUCCACAGUGCUCAUUAAACAAGAUAAAAUCAACUGCAAUACAGAAAUCGUAAGAUUAUGUGAAUUGGGUGACCUUAAAAAUGCCAUGAAUUUGCUAUGUGAUACUCCAGUAUCUCAGAUUGAGCUGAAGACAUUCUGUGUAGUCUUGCAACUUUGUGCAGAACAGAAAUCAUUAAAAGACGGUAAGAAAGUUCAUUCCAUGAUUAACUUAUCUGGGUUUGUAAUAGAUGGCAUUUUGGGUACAAAACUAGUUUUCAUGUACUUACACUGUGGUGAUUUGAAACAAGGUAGGUUGAUUUUUGAUGAUAUGACAAAAGACAAAGUGUUCCUUUGGAAUUUAGUUAUGAAUGAGUAUGCAAAAAUUGGAAAUUUUAAAGAAACUCUCUUUUUGUAUAGAAAGAUGAAGGAGAUGGAAAUUGAACCAGAUUCUUAUACUUUUUCUUGUGUUUUUAAGUGUUUUGCUGCUUUGGGAAGUUUGGUACAAGGACAAGAAGCUCAUGGGUAUUUAUUGAAACUGGGGUAUGGUUCUCACAAUACUGUUGGGAAUUCUUUAAUUGCUUUUUAUUCCAAGUGUAAGAAAAUUCAGAACGCGCGUAAGGUGUUUGAUGAAUUGGUUGAUAGAGAUGUUAUAUCGUGGAAUUCAAUUCUCAACGGGUAUGUGUCUAAUGAUCUUGCUAAGGAAGGACUUGGGAUUUUUAGUGAAAUGAUGGCUGAAGGAGUUAAUGUAGAUUUAGCUACCAUGGUUAGUGUUCUUCCUGCUUGUGCCGAAAUGGGUAAUCUUUUGAUUGGGAGAUCUCUUCAUGGUUAUGCAGUAAAGUCCCGGCAUUUCUCCAGAGAGAUUACUCUUGAGAAUUGUUUACUGGACAUGUAUGCAAAAUGUGGAGAUUUGGAUUCUGCUGUAUGUGUAUUUGGGAAGACGAGCAAGAAAAGUGUUGUGUCGUGGACGUCGAUGAUUACAGGAUUUGCCCGAGAAGAGAAAUUUGAUAUGGCAAUUGGAUUAUUUCGUGAAAUGGAAGUGGAAGGUAUUAAGCCUGAUUUGUUUACUAUUACAAGCAUCCUUCAUACUUGUGCACGUAAUGGAUCAGUGGAAAGUGGUAAGGAUAUUCAUGAUUAUAUAGUGAGCAAUGACCUGCAAACUAAUCUUUUUGUUGUUAAUGCUCUAGUGGAUAUGUAUGCAAAAUGUGGUAAUAUGACAGAGGCUCGACUAAUUUUUAAUCAGAUGGUAGAAAGGGAUUCAAUAUCAUGGAAUACCAUGAUUGGUGGUUAUUCGAAGAAUGGUCUUCCUAAUGAAGCGUUCGAUCUUUUCAUGAAAAUGCAAAGCCAGUUUGAUCCAAAUGCUGUGUCUUUCUCUUGUAUCCUUCCUGCCUGUUCAAGCUUAUCAGCUCUUGAAAGAGGCCGAGAAAUCCAUGCCUAUGUACUGAGAAAUGGGUUUAUCACAGAUCGUUAUGUAACCAAUGCCCUAGUUGACAUGUAUGCAAAGUGUGGAGAGCUAUCAGUUGCACGUUUUCUCUUUGAUAGGAUACCUAAAAAGGAUUUGGUCUCAUGGACAGUGAUGAUUGCGGCUUAUGGCAUGCAUGGUUAUGGAAGAGAAGCUAUUGCUAUGUUCAAUGAGAUGCGAGAAGCAGAAAUUAGUCCUGAUGCGAUCUCGUUCAUUGCUAUAUUGUAUGCUUGUAGCCAUUCAGGAUUACUAGACGAAGGAUGGAGAUUCUUUAACAUUAUGAGAAUUGAGUGCAAAAUUGAGCCUAAGCUGGAGCAUUAUGCAUGUGUGGUGGAUCUUCUUUCUCGUGGUGGGCGUUUAACCAAGGCUUACAAGUUUAUUCAGGCAAUGCCUAUUCACGCAGAUUCCACUGUAUGGGGGGCAUUACUUUGUGGUUGUAGAAUUCAUCGAAAUGUGGAGCUUGCAGAGGUAGUGGCUGAGAAAGUCUUUGAGCUUGAACCAGAGAAUACUGGUUAUUAUGUACUUCUAGCUAAUAUAUAUGCUGAGGCAGAGAAGUGGGAGGAGGUAAAAAGAUUAAGAGAGAGAAUUGGUCGUAGUGGUUUGAGAAAGAGCCCCGGUUGUAGUUGGAUCGAGAUAAAGAAUAAAUUUCACGUUUUUGUUGCACGAGACAGAUCAAACCCACAAUAUAAAAAGAUUGAGUCGUUCUUGGAAAGUGUUGCAAUGAAAAUGAAAGAAGAAGGGUGUCUUCCUAAGAAGAGAUAUGCUUUGGUUAAUGCAGGUGAUACGGAGAAGGAAGAUGCUCUUUGUGGUCACAGUGAGAAGUUGGCCAUGGCUUUUGGAAUUUUGAAUCUGCCUCCAGGUAAAGCUGUACGGGUAACGAAAAAUCUAAGAGUGUGUGGUGACUGUCAUGAGAUGGCUAAGUUCAUGUCAAAGAUGGUUGGAAAGGAGAUUGUACUGAGAGAUUCCAAUCGAUUUCAUCAUUUCAAGAAUGGGAGGUGUUCUUGCAGAGGUUAUUGGUGAGCAAAGAUUGAGGUCUGAAGCCAAAUGAGUGAACUAUUCUGAUUCAGUGGUGGCACACUGACACUGCAGAUAAUUUUGACAGGGGUCAGGGUCAGUUUUAAAGCAACUUACUGGCUGCACCAGAUAAAGACUCUUCAGGGACCGGUAGUUCUACUAGGCUGGUCAUGAUCUCCAGGCCAACUGGAGCUUUCCAUUAAUUAGAUUAGUCUAAAACCUUCAAUCUAUCAAGAGCUAAAAUGCUCAAGUUAGGAUCAUUUUCCCUCUUUACCUCCAUAUUUCGACUACUUUGGGUUCCCUGGACGAGUGUUUGAUUCACAUUAAGCAUAGUUACAAAGAGCAGCAGGUACUGUCAGAUCCUAUUUUCUCUCUAAGCCUCGAUUUUGCAACGAAACUUCAAGUUGGCGCAAGCAGACUGACAUAUCAUAUCUCUCUCAUAAUUUUGAUCUGGUUUUUAUGAGGCUAUUUCGUAACACGGUAUAAUAGCGCUCGGGAUGGAAGGAUGAGCCUCACUGAUAAGUCCAACGGAAGACAAACUUUCUUAGGUGUAUGUAAAGUCGAAGCACAAAAUACAACACAUUAUUGUUGCACUACGGUUAUACAUCGAAAAAAGAGGUCGGUUAACUAUAACAUAAAAAAUAAAAAUAACUGUUAGAUAUUUUGUAUACUUGCCAUGUGCGGCGUCUGCCGAUAUAGAAUUUAUAGACUGCAAAUGUUUAAUUUUCUCUUAGCAAAUACUCCAAACACUUCCAUAAAAAAAAUAGAUGGAGUUAUUAGCCUCGGUAAGAAUGAGGAGAAUCGAGGCACUAAUGUGAACAAUAAACUUCUUCCUGCUUCAAAAUAAAAUACAGUAAAAAAUAAAAUUCUCCCCACGUUGUUCCAGUAAAGUAAACUUUAGUACCUUCAAGAAUUCUUGCAUGUAUCUGCUUAUUUCUAUUUCUACUACAUUGUGGUGUUCAUACAUUCUCCACACUCUCAUUUCCCACUUUCCCCUGUAAUAUACAUAUCAAUUAGAUGAAAAAUUUCUUUAGUCUUA